UCGGUUGGCAGCAGUGCGUGCCAUGUCAGAAGUAUAACCUGAAAUUGGUGAAAAUCGUGAAGAAUCCAUCUGUACAGAAAUUUUGUAUUUAUUGAAUAAUUUAUCCCAUUUUCCAAUUGUAUUUCAUUUAUUUGGUGGUGCGCGAAGGGGUGAAUAUCGGGAGAGAGCCAGCAUUGGAAGACCGCAAGGAUGUCAUUGAAGCCGAAGCGAGUGGAUUUCGACCAAACUUGGGAGGGCCUGAAGGAGACGGUGAAGGAAGUGGUGACACUGAGCAAUGUAAAGCGUGAUAUUUGGAACAAUCGCUUCGGAGAUGUCUAUUCAAUAUGUGUGGCAUAUCCGGAGCCGCUGGCGGACAGACUGUACUCGGAGACGAAGAAUCUGCUGGAGAGCCACGUGGAGAGUAUGCUGGCGACCAAAGUGGCGCCCGCCAUCCACUCACAGAGCAGCGACGUGAGUGACACGCUCCUGUGGCGCUACUACGAGGCUUGGUCGGAGUACAGUCGUGGCAUUGGCUACCUCAACUUCCUCUACAUGUACUUAAACAUGCAGCACAUCAAGAAGAAGAAGCUGUCCGAGCCGGACACGCUGUACGCGAGUCCAUCCAGUGACAUUCAGGAGCAGAUGGAGAUUGGGGAAUUGGGCCUGGACAUCUGGCGGGUGAAGAUGAUUGAAUCUCUGGGGGAGGAGCUGGUGAAGCAGGUGCUGGAGGGCAUCAAGGCGGACAGGAUGGGCACGGAGACGAACUCGAAGAAUGUCGAAGUGAUCCACGGGGUGAUUCAGAGUUUUGUGCAAGUGCAAGACUAUCGAAAGAAGGGGAACUUGAAGCUGUACCAGGAACUCUUCGAGAAGCCCAUGUUGGCUACGAGUGGUGAGUACUAUCGCACGGAGGCGGUGAAGAUUCUGCAGAAGUGCUCUGUGAGCAAGUACAUGGAGGAGGUAAUCAGGAAGCUGGAGGAUGAGAAAAGACGUGCCGAGAAGUUCCUGCAUCACAGCUCCAUUCCCAAGUUGCGGAAGGAGUGCCAAGAGAGGAUGGUGACGGAUCAUCUGGACUUCCUCUAUUCGGAAUGCAAAGAAAUGGUGGCUCAGGAGAGGCGAGAGGAUCUGAAGAAUAUGUACAUUCUGCUGAAACCAGUGCCAGAUGGACUGAAGCAACUCAUCCUCACCUUCCUGGAUCACAUCAAGAAUGAGGGAAAUGAAACCAUUUCGACGCUCAAGGGUGACAAUAUACACAUCCAGUUCGUGGAGAAUAUGCUGCAGGUGCACCACAAAUACGAGGAGCUGAUCAGUGACACUUUCAGUUACGGAUUCUCAGUGGAUCCACACUUUCUGAGCGCCCUGGACAAGGCGUGCGCCAGCGUCAUCAACACUACCAUCCGCAUUGGGGAGAAACAGACGUGCCGGAGUGCCGAACUCGUGGCCAGGUACUGUGAUAGUCUGCUGAAGAAGUCAAAGUCCACGGAGAGCGAGAUCGACUCGAAGUUGACGAAGAGCAUUACGAUAUUCAAGUACAUUGAGGACAAGGAUGUGUACCAGAAGUUCUACAGUCGGAUGUUGGCCAAGAGGCUCAUCCACGAACAAUCGCUGAGCAUGGAUGCGGAAGAGGCUAUGAUCAAUCGACUGAAGCAGGCGUGCGGCUAUGAGUUCACGAAUAAGCUGCACAGAAUGUUCACGGAUAUCUCGGUGUCGGCGGACCUCAAUAACAAGUUUAAUGUGUACCUCAAGGAGAACAAGGAGGAGAUCGGGAUAUCGUGCCAGAUAAAGAUUCUGCAGGCGGGCGCUUGGCCUCUGGGACCAACACAGGUGGUCAUCCCAUUCGCCGUGCCGCAGGAGUUCGAGAAGUCCAUCCGCAUGUUCGAGGCCUUCUAUCACACAAACUUCAAUGGGCGGAAGCUGACGUGGCUCCACUACCUGUGUCAGGGUGAACUGAAGCUGGGCUACCUCAAGAAGUCCUACAUUGUAACCAUGCAGACUUACCAGAUGGCCAUUCUGCUGCUGUUCGAGUGUGUGGACCAGAUGGCGUGCAAGGAGAUUCAGGAGACGCUGCAACUCAAUACGGACACCUUCCAGAAGCACAUGCAGAGCCUGAUCGAAUCGAAGCUGUUGCUGGCCAGCAGCGAGGAGCUCAAGGAUGACACAGAGAUCAGACUAAAUUUCGACUAUAGCAACAAGAGAACCAAGUUCAAGAUCACAGCGGCGCUGCAGCGAGAGACGCCGCAGGAGGUGGAGCACACGAUGAACGCCGUAGAUGAGGACAGGAAGCUCUAUCUGCAGGCUGCCAUUGUGAGGAUCAUGAAGUCACGCAAGAUCCUGCGUCAUAAUGCACUUGUUCAGGAAAUCUACACUCAAUCGCGGGUGAGUUUCGCGCCUAGCAUGCUGAUGAUCAAGAAGUGCAUAGAGUCACUGAUUGAGAAGCAGUACAUCGAGAGGACGCCCAAUUCGACAGAUGAGUACAGCUAUGUGGCGUAAGGAGGAUCUCUGUCACCCCAAAGUUGUGAGGGGGAAGUUCUUUUUAUACUUGAAACGCAAGGAAAAGGUAAAAUUACUACAGUUUAUUUUGCAAAAUAAUCUCCUAAGAGAGCAGUUUAACUUAAAAGAGGAAAAAAUCAUUGAUUUCUGUAAAGUGAUAGACAGGAUAAAAAAAAAAUCGUGAAAUCUCGCAAGCAGUGACUCAAGAUCAGCGACUAUUGUUUUUUGUUCUUUACGGUGAGGACUAGAAUUGUCUUCACAUGAUGCGAAUUAAAUUGAUUGCUGACUUUC